AUGUCAUCAUCAUCACAAUCAUCCUCAUCUUUACCUGUAUGUAACUGUACCACCCCUUUAGUGGACUUUGAUCUUGAGGAAAAGGUUCUUCCUCCUCAUUCUACUGAGUUAAACAGUGAAAACUUUGACACUUUGAUGCAGAAGUUAAGUGAAAAUGAAACCCAAAAUACUAAUCUCAGGAGAAAAAUACUUGAGAGGGAAAAACAUAUUAAAGAACUUUCAUCCAGGCUUCAGCUUGAAAAAGUCAAUGUAGAGAAACAAGAACACUUGUCAAGAUCAGUAAAGGCAGUACAAGCUCACCUGCAAUGUCAGAUCCGAAGAAAACAAGAGGAAAACGAUGAACUAAAAGUGAAAAUACAGACUCUAGAAAAGAAAAUAACAGAGUGGAAGCUUCAAGUUGGUGAAUACAAGCAACAGAUGUCAGCUGUAAGGAAAACAAGUGAGCAAAAGAAGACCUCUCUGAAAAAAGCAAUCAGUUCCCAGAAACAACGAGCUGAACACUUUGAAGCGGCUGUGGAAAAGUUAACAUCCAAAAUAAGAGAGCGUGAAGUCAGACUGUCCAAGAUACUGUCAGCUGCUGAUGUUUGGAAAAACUGGCUUGAUAGAGUGGUUGAAGAAAAGGCUCUGCUAGAAAUUCAAACAGAAGAUCUUAAGAAACAGAUCAUAAGCCUUUUGGAAGACCUAAUAAGAAAGGAGGAAUGGAGAAGAAACUCAGAUGAGGAAAUUCUUGGAAAGCUAAAUUCUGUUAAUUCUGAAAAUGAAAAGAUCUACCUUGAAAAUGAAAAAUUAAAGACUUCCCUUGCUACCCUGGGUAACAUUACUGCUUCUGUUGAAAAUGAGCUGCUAAAUCUGCAAGAAAAGGCAAAGCUGCAGGAAAACAUUGUUGAACAAUAUAAAACCCAGGUCCAAAAAUUACAAACAACAGUAGAAGAAUUGAAAUCCAGAUAUGAAAGAGUCUUAAAUGAAAACAAAAGAAUAACAGAAAACAAAUGUUUAGAAGCAGAAAAGGAAGACAGUCUGACGUCUGUGGGCAGUCACUCCUUAGAAGAAGAAAAAUAUAACAUUCAGAAGAAGUAUGAAGAUCUUAAAAGGCAGUUAGAGAAGUUGGAAUUUCAAAAUGAAGAACUUGCUUGUCAGCUCAAACAAGAAGAUGAGACUCUUCAGUGCAGUAAAUUGCAGCUUGAAGAGAAAAUUGCAGAAUAUAAUGGGUUAACCAGACAACUGGAAUCUGCUUUGGAAGAAGGAAGAAGGAUGAUAGCUGAAGAACUGGAGAAAAUGUCAUGUAAAGAGCAAACCCUUCAGGCAAAAAUUCUACUUCUUGAAACUGAAGUGAGAGAAGGGCAAGCAGAGAAAAAACGACUCCUCAGCUUACUUCACCAUAAUGAGAAGCACCAUGAAGUAUGUUUGAAAGAGCUGGAGAACAGCCUACAGAAGUCAGAGAACAGGAACCAGAGCAUCCAAAAUUAUGCGCAGUUUUUGAAAGCUUCAUACAUAAUAAUGCUUGGUCAAAUUCUUUAA